CGAUUGGUGGUCAGGCCUGCGCCCGGCACCGCCGGGCGGUCCUCCGCGCCAUCCCCAGCCGGGCCCUCCCCUUUCCGCGGGAGGCUUCCGGGACAGCGGGUUGGUGGCGCGCAGUUCCCCUUGACUGUGCGCGCCCGCGUCUGGGCUCCUUUGCAGAGGACUCGGUAGCUGCAGCUCCCGGAGCACAGCAGACAGAGCUGCAGGCUGCGUGCGCCCCUGCUGCCACCGGACCUGCCGCGGUGGCUCCCGCGCCCCGCGGCGACUUCCGCACCCGCGCUUAUCUUUGCUUAAGUCCCCGAGCGGCGGCGGGGUCGGAGCCCGCGCCUUGGGCGACUGAGGCGGCCGCAGUUCGCGGCCCGGCGCCCUGGCGAUGCCAGACCAGAUCUCCGUGUCGGAAUUCGUGGCCGAGACCCUUGAGGACUACAAGGCGCCCACGGCCUCUAGCUUCACCAUGCGCACGGCCCAGUGCCGGGACACCGUGGCGGCCAUCGAGGAGGAUGCAGUGACUUAUGAUGAUGUACAUGUGAACUUCACUGGGGAAGAGUGGAAGUUGCUGGAUCCUUCCCAGAAGAGUCUCUACAAAGAUGUGAUGCUGGAGACCUACUGGAACCUCACUGUUAUAGGCUACACUUGGGAAACCCAUCAUAUUGAAGGACAUUGUCAAAGUUCGAGAAGAAAUGAAAGCUGCGGGUGGUGUUGGUGUUGGGCUGUGUGUGUGCCUUCCCUUCUUUUGUAGACAGUAAGAGAUUAUUUACUACCUGUGUUUUCAUGUGUAUCCUUAACUUCCUCGGUUAGAUUCUACCUCUAUCUCUUUGUGUUGGUCAGUAUGUUUAGAGAGAGGUUGUUUAAAUUUGAGUUUAUCGUGGACUAUCUUAAUUUUUUCCAUUAACGGUGUAGUCCUUUUUUUACAUAUUAAAAUCCAGGCAUCUGUUGUUUUUGCAGCACAUGUGUGCAAACCCUUCUGGCGUCUACAAACUCCAAGAAGACAUCUGUGAUCUUUUUUUUUUUGUUUGGUUUGGUUUGGUUUUUUUUUUUUGUUGUUUGUUUGUUUGUUUGUUUGUUUGUUUUUGAGACAGGGUUUCUCUGUAUAGCUCUGGCUAUCCUGGAAUUCACUUUAUAGACCAGGCUGGCCUCGAACUCAGAAAUCCGCCUGCCUCUGCCUCCUGAGUGCUGGGAUUAAAGGUGUGCGCCACCACGCCCGGCCUGAAGACAUCUGUGAUCUUAAUAGAUCUUCCUUUAUGUUUUUCCUGGCUUUUUACCUUUGCAGCUUUUAGUAUUCUUUCCUUGAACUGUAUGUUUUGAUUAUUACACAGGAAAGAGACUUUAUUUUAUAGUCCCUUCUGUUUGGUGUUUUGAUGAUUCUUGUGUUUUCUUUAUGUUAGGAAGUUUUUCUUCUAGGAUUUGGUUGUCAAUACUUUCUGAGACUUUGAGGGAGGAUUCUCCUUCCUCUCUUCCUAAGUAUUCUUAUGUUUAGUCCUUUUACAGUGUCCUGGAUUUCCGUGAUAUUUUAUAUCAGGAAGAUUUAGACUUACCAUUUUUUUUUGUUUUUUUUUUUUUUGUCUGAUUUACCCAUUCCUUCUAUUGCUUAUUCAAUGAUUGAGAUUUUUCUCCGUAUCUCUGUUCUCUGGGUGAACUUUGCCUCUGUAGUUCCUUUUUGCAGUCCUAAAUUUUUAUUUCCACUAUUUCCUAAGAUUUAGUUUUCUUUUUUUGCUUCUAUUUCCACUUUUAUGUAUUGAAUAGUUUUGUUUACUUCACCCAUUGGUGUGUUCUUUCUACGCUUUGUUUAUAGGAAUUUUGGCUUCCUCUACUUUUUGGUUUGUGUGUUCCUGGCCUUCUUUAUGGAAUUUAUUGAUUUCCUCUAAUUUUGUUCUGUUUUCCUGGAUUUCUCUAAGUGAUUUGAUCAUUUCCUCUUUAAGGAACUCUGUCAUCUCCAUACAUUUGGGGUUAGAGUGUUUUUCUUGUAAUUUAGCUUUGUUGGAAUAUUUAAGACCUUCUUUGACAAUAUAAAUGAGAUCAGAGUCAUUAGCCAGAGAGUGAUAAAUGCUGGUCCUUAUUACAUUAUCGAGUACCAAUGUCAUGGAAUGGAAUGGCGCUAUCUAACCUAAGUAUUCAGCUUAGAUUUAACCCAAUGUUUGAUUAAUCCCAAGGCUGUCCUUUCCCUUUACACUGGACAGGUAGCCAAGUGAGGCACUUUUUGAAACAGUUACUUUUUGUGAGACACCUGUUUUUAAUCACUAACCUUGGGUUAACCAUUUAAAAAAAAAAAGACCUGAUGUUUACAGGGUGAGUGACUUUGUAAUUUUCCAAAAUGUAUUUAUUCAUGUCUUGUGAAUGAAGACAGACCAGAUUGAUAGAUAUGUAAAUUGGGGACUUUAGCUUGAUUCAAGCAAUAUUGAAUUUCUGACUUUGGAAAUAUGUCCAAUGCACUUUCAGGCUUUAUUCAGCUCAGAUGAUUGUGACACAGGCCAUUGGCUGUAGUUAUGUGUCAUGUUACAGAUCACAGCAACUGAUAUUGCACACAGGAGCCAGGUCAAAGAGUAUUGUAUUAAUGCCAUUGUUUUCUGCCAGAUAACUUCUCUCUCUCUCUCUCUGUAUAUAUAUAUAUGUAUAUGCAUAUAUAUGUAUAUAUAUAUAAUUAUGUUUCAUUUUUCCUUUUUUAAUUAAUUAAUUAAUUUAUGUACAUCCUGUUCCUGUUCCACUGUGGAUAGAGAGACAAGGCAGUCCUCUGGUACAUAUGUGCCUGAGGCAAUGAGCCAAUCCCUGGAUGCUCCUUGGUUUUUGCUUGGAGGUCUGAAGUGUCCAGGUCAGCUCAAAGUUUUGUUCUUAUCGGGUUGCCAUCUUCUUCACCCCCUUAAGUCAGUACAGUGACCUGCCCUUAUGUAACAUUUCAACCUACAACAAUAUAUCGAUAUAUCGAUCUACAUAUUUCUAUAUCUAUCUAUCUAUUCAUCUAUAUAUCUAUAUAGCUUUAAUCUAUACAUCUAUAUAUCUAUAUAUCACCUAUUAAUCUAUAUAUCUACAUAUCUAUAUGUAUAUAUCUAUACACCUAUACAUCUAUAUAUCUAUCCAUAUAUCAAUAAAUAUAUAUAAUCUCUAUAUAUUAUCUAUAAAUCUACAUAUCUAUAAAUCUAUAUAUAAAAUCUAUAUAUCUAAAAUAUAUAUAUACACAUAUAUGUAUAUUUUUAAAUCUAUCUAUCUAUCCAUCCAUCUAUGUAUCUAUAAGUCUAUCCAUAUGUUUAGCUUGAUGUAGCUUUUUUCUUUUUCUGCCAGAUAACAUAUACAUAUAUAUUCAAUUAUGUUUCAAUUUUUAUUUUUUUAAUUAAUUUUUUUAUUUAUUUAAGUACAUCCUGUUCCUGUCCCAUUGUGGACAGAGAGACAAGGCAGUCCUCUGCUACACAUGUGCCUGGGGCAAUGAGCCAGCCCCUGGAUGCUCCUUGGUUUUUGGCUGGGAGGUCUGAAGUGUUCAGAUUGGCUCACGGUUUUGUUUUUCCUAUCAGGUUGCCAUCCUCUUCACCCCCUGAAGUCAGUACACUGACCUGUCCUUAUAUAACAUUUCAACCUACAACAAUAUAUCAGUAUAUUGACCUACAUAUUUCUAUAUCUACUAUCUAUUCUUCUAUAUAUCUAUUUAUCAUCUAUAUAUCUUCAAUCUAUACAUAUAUAUAUCACCUAUAAAUCUAUAUAUCUACAUAUCUAUACAUAUAUAUUUAUAUAUCUAUACAUCUAUAUAUCUGUCCAUAUAUCAGUAAAUCUAGAUAGAUAGAUAUCAUCUAUCUAUCUAUCUAUCUAUCUAUCUAUCUAUCUAUCUAUAUAAAUCUAUAUAAAAUCUAUAUAUCUAUAAAUUCUAUCUCUAUCCAUCUGUCUAUCUAUAUGUUUAGCUUGAUGUAGCCUUGUCUUAAAGGACUGUUAUGUUCUAGGUUUCAGACGUUCAGGCUGAGAGGAAACAGUAUGAGUAACAUUUGAUCUAAUACCAGAUCCUCGACUCUGGACCCAUAUUUUAUGAUAAUUUUGGGAUUAUGAUUACAUCAUUCCUACCUCCUGUGAUCAAUCAGUAAACACAUCUAAUGCCAGCAGCUGGCAAGAAGAAAGGUUGAUGGCAUUUCAGUUCUCGGCCUCGGUGUCUUUGGAAGAGACCAUGACGGAGAGGGAAGAAGAAGCAGGAAAAAGGUCCCAUGGGUGGAUGGAUUGGGAGAGCAUGUCCAGGAGGGCGAGCCUGAGAGUAUGAGCAGCCUGGGCAGAAUAUGGCAAGUGAGCCGGGCAUGGUGGCACUCGCCUUUAAUCCCAGCACUUGGGAGGCAGAGGCAGGCAGAUUUCUGAGUUCUAAACCAGCUUGGUCUACAAAGUGAGUUCCAGGACAGCCAGGACUAUACAGAGAAACCCUGUCUCGAAAAAAAUUUUAAAAAAAAGAAUAUGGCGAGUGAUAUCUCACAGUUCUUAGUAAAGAAGUAAAGAAAUUAGCAUAGGGGAAUGGUAUCUGCCCCAUGCUGGUGCUUUAAUGCUUAUAAUUAUAAUUAUUAUUAUUAUUUCUUAUUUUAUUUUUUCACAUUAUCAUUUACUGCAUUAUUAUAUCAUAUUAUUUAAUAUUAUUUCUUUUUAUUAUUUCAUAUUAUUUAUUAUUUUAUUAUUUGAUAGCAUUGUUUCUUAUUCUUAUUAUUUCUUAUUAGUUUAUUAUCAUUUCUUUUUCUCUUCUUCGUAUUAUUAUUAUUUCAUACCUCUAUAAUUUAUGUGGUGGUAAGAGAUCCACAAGUAAUAUUUACCACAACAAGUUGGAUGCAAAAACAGCUUGUACCCAAUGAGAAAUAUGGCCAAAAGUUAUUUUCUUGGGAUACAGGAAGAAAGUCCUCUGGGGUCUCUGCUAAUAAGGUCACACACACACAUACCCCAUACACAUACCCCCACACAAACAUGCACACACACACAUACUACAUACAUACA